GUGUGUAAUUCCGUUUCCGCUCCAGUCGGGAUUUUUGUCCGCUCUGCAGGAAUGUGUGGAGAUGCUCUCGCUGUGGGAGAGGUAACAGCCGCACCUUCCUGCUGACAGAUGAACCCUCUAACGGCGCUCCGUGCCUGCGGCUCUCGGCACUGAGGGAAGCGGAGACACACUCGCAUCCGCGCGGCUGCAGAUCGGUCCCAUUAUCGCACAUUCCCGGACUCGCAUGAUUGAUUGACGCCGCUGUUCCUCCUCAUGGCGAAAAACACCCUGUCCUCACGAUUCCGGGGAGUCGACAUCGACGAAUACGACGAGAAUAAAUUCGUGGACGACCAGGACGAGGCGGCCGAGCAGCAGGGACCGGACGCGUGUGAGGUGGACGAUCUCAUCAGGCAAGGGGACAUGAUGACAGCAUUUCACAUCGCCUUGAGGAAUCCACCAAUCAACUCCAAGAAUCCAGCAGUGAAAGAGCGGGCACAGGCGGUGGUGUUACGAGUGCUGACUGCAUUCAAGAGCAGCGAUAUCGAGCCAGCCGUGAAGUCUCUGGACAAGAACGGAGUGGACCUGCUGAUGAAGUACAUCUACAGAGGCUUCGAAAAGCCCUCAGACAACAGCAGCGCCAUCCUGCUCCAGUGGCACGAAAAGGCUUUCGCCGUGGGGGGUCUGGGGUCCAUCGUACGGGUGCUGACUGCGAGAAAAUCUGUCUGAGGAGCCGAAAGAAAUCGAGAGAUAACCAGCCACGGGAUUUGUUUCUCUUUCUUAGACACGGACAAGUUCCUCUCUCACAACUCAACCUUAUCCGAGGGAAAACCAGUUACGCUCAACCGCUUAUUUCACUCAAAAACAGAGAUAUUGUAUGAUAUUUAAUGUAAAUUAUUGAUUCUUCGAUAUGUUGUUACGGAAGACACGAUUCUCGACUAAUGAAGGUGAACGGUUGUGCGACGGAAGGA